AACAACCAAAAUAUCAUUUAAGAUUUGACUCUGCAAAGGAAUCAGAUAAAUUGUUUUAUCUUAUUCUGCUGAAUAUUGCUUGCGAGUUGACGACAUUUUUAUUCUUUGUAGAGCAACUUGGAUAAGAAAGCGUUUCUCUUCUUUUUCAAGUUUGACUUGUUCCUAGUAGAAUUGAACAUUCCUUCUAUUGAUAGACCCGUUUUUUAUACGAAACGUUGGGUUGUCUUUGAUUCUCGUUACCAAUAUCCAAAAGGAAGCCUCUACUAGUGUACCCAUCAGUGACUCACUUAUUCAAUGAGCUGAUGUUCCUAAAGCAGCUUUGUACUUUUUAUAGUUUGCUUUCUUGUAUAUCUUUAAAAGUUGUGGUUUUUACAAAGUUUAUCGUACAAGAGGAUGCAGCAAAAGAAUUUAAACCUAAGCAGUCAUGUUUACCUUCAAAAACACCUCAAAUGUAUAGUCGAUUACUGAGGAGAAAUAAUUCAACUAUGAUUCAAAUGUUAUGCAAUGACAAGAUACGAGAAGAGAGUCGCUAGAAUAGACUCAAUUCGACUGAAUUGAAUUU